UCUGAUUCCUUGAAUGUUUUGUGCUAUUCUCAUUUUAUUUCUCCGUUUCUGUGUGACUCCGCCCAUCCACAUUCCUGUGUGUCUGGGCUGUGAAGAGGAGGAAAAGAGAAAAGUAGAGGGGCUGCAGAAAGAGAUGGGAUGAUAAACAACAACACUUCUGUCUGACUGCUGCAACUUUCUCACACAUUUACCCCAAAGUUUAACCCAACGAGACGUGUUUCUAAUUCAUUUAUUUCACAAGUUGUCGGGACCUUUUUUCUUUGGCGGAGUUGGAGCUUUCGACUUGACUACAUUUGCAACUAAGCCCCGCUGCUGUUUUCACUGCUUUUUCACCUGCAAAAACACCAACAAACCCCGCAGAAGUGCAGAGGGAGUGUGUGUGGAGGAAACAUGGAGAUCCUGGAUAGUAGUGAGCCGUUCCUGCACUGGGACCGGAACCUGAGUGAGCUGUCGGAGGCCGGGGAGAUCGACUGUGGGCUCUACACCAAUCACUUCUCCGAGCUCCUGGACGAUCUCUCCCAGGAUGCUCUGCUGGGUCAGCUACUCAGCGACCCUUUUCUCUCAGGGGUGAGAGGCGGAGGCGUGGAGGCCAUGGAGGGGGAGGACGGCAGCGACCUGUCCCCCUCCUCCCCCCUCCCCCCCCACAUCACAGCGGAGCACAGCUACUCGCUCUGCGGAGACAGCAGGCCUCAGUCCCCGCUGUCGCACCUGACCGGAGAGCAAGGCAGCGACGCAGAGUCUGAUGGAGAGUCAGCUGAUUGGCCCAUGGAGCAGGAGGACUCCAUCGACAGCCUCCUGUGUGAGACCCCCUCCCUGCUCCCCACCCUCUCCCUCUCUCUGGUCCCAGGUGAGGGGCCCCGGGCUCCUGAAAGCCCCGCUGUGGCCCCUGCUGUCCCCCCCUCCCCCCCAGCUCAGCCCAGAGUCAACAGCAGCCAGGGCAAAGCCUUCAAGGUUAAAGAGGAGAACAUCAUCCCGCAGAUUAAACUGGAGCCUCAUGAAGUCGACCAGUUUCUCAAUCUUUCACCCAAAGGUCUCGAGGUGCUGCAGAUGCCUCCCACUCCUCCCAGUUCCCACGGCAGUGACUCUGAGGGGAGUCAGAGUCCCGUCCACGCCC